AUGUCCGCCGCUGUUGCCGCCAGAAAGAGAGUUUUCAAGUCCCACUCCUACAGAGGUGUCGAAUUAGAAAAAUUAAUGGAAAUGUCCACUGAAGAAUUCGUCAAGUUGGCUCCAGCUAGAGUUAGAAGAAGAUUCGCUCGUGGUUUGUCUUCCAAGCCAGCUGGUUUGAUGAAGAAAUUGAGAGCUGCUAAGUUGGCUGCCCCAGAAAACGAAAAACCAACUCCAGUGAGAACUCAUUUGAGAAACAUGAUCAUUGUUCCAGAAAUGAUCGGUUCCGUCGUUGGUGUCUACAACGGUAAGUCUUUCAACACCGUUGAAAUUAGACCAGAAAUGUUGGGUCACUACUUGGGUGAAUUCUCCAUUACUUACACUCCAGUUAGACACGGUAGAGCUGGUGCCACCACCUCCCGUUUCAUCCCAUUGAAAUAG